AGAAACGCAUUCUCCUUUCUUCCAACAACGAACACAGCCACGAUUGCCACUACACCGAUAUGGCGUCUCCCUCACCAUCACAACCGAAGAGAGCCCGGAAAACUCCCAGAAAUUCCGACGCGAUGAAUCGAAGCAACAGCCACAGCAGCAGCAACAGCCAGACUCCAAAGCGCAAGCGGAAAAACAAAAGCGCUGCUAGCGCUGCUGGACCUGUUCCGGAUGUCAUUGGGAACAAAAGAUCCGCGGCAGCUACGGUGGCAUUGGGUGUUAUUGGAAUCGACGCCGCCAAGCGCAUCGUGCAAGAAGCCUGUCUGGACGCUGCUGUUGCUGCCGCCGCCGCUCCUGCUGCUGUUUCGACCGCCGGCGAUCGCCUUCCUCCCACGAAUGUGUCGGAAUCCAGAUCCAGGAAACCCGGACGGGGGCGGAACAAGGCCGCAGAGAGGAAGAAGACCAGGCGCCGGAGCAACGGGGCCGGCAACGCCACCGAAACGGAAUUCGCGGACUUUGUGUCCCUGGCAAUCGCCGAGGCGCUCGAGAAGGCGAAGCGAACCACCGUGCACCACCCCACUCCGCCGCGCGUUUCCGUUUCGCCCGAUCCCGAAGAACAGCAGCAGCAGCAACAACAGCAUCAUUGGCAACAGCGGGAGCCGCAGAGGGGCACGGGCCUUCCGGUUCGACCCACCCACGGGCAAUGCCUGCGGAGGUCCCGGAGGGAGCGGAACAAACCGCCCCUGCGGAGCAAAGUCGAGGGCCUCGAGCACGCCGAGUCGGUGCUCCACUCGAUGUGCUCCCUGUUCUCGUCCACCAUCGAAACACCCUGCGUGGACCUCGAGCUUCCCGAGCUCUGCGUCCCCCGAAGGAUCGCGGCACCGGGCCGCCGGAAGGGGCGCAAUCUUGCGCCGGUCCCGCCGCGGGCGCCCUCCGUUGCCUCUGUCCCGGAGCCGCCUUCGGGAAGAAUCACCGCUGCCCGGUCCCGCGCCGACCACCAUCCAUCUACCCACCCUUCUCUGGUGCCGGACGCGGGCUGUUGCAGAGACCUCGACAUCGACGACUACCACGACGACCACGACUCGCUUCUGCCGCCGUUGGGAACAGACGAAGACGAAUCCUCGUCUUCCAUCGAUGUUUCCACGACCUCGGACGAAUACGAUUCCGGAUCGCCCCCGCCACCGCUUUCGACGCCAUCGUUCUCGCCCGCGAGAGACAAGAGACGAAUGGAAGGAGGUUCGAACACGAACCACUCCAACCAUUCGGUUGUCUCGGUGACGUCCACGCUUGCAACACGGGGGGGCAAGGGACCGGCAACAGCGACAGCAGCAGCAGCAGCAGCAGCAGCUACAAGUACCGACGAUUCCAUAGGGAACCAGGCUGGCUGCUACCAGAGGGGCGAAACCAAGCCAGAAAACGACGGCGAGAAGGAGGUCACCGGCAACAUCAUCCGACUGACCAGGGUCGGAUCGGUCUCGCUGGCCUUGCUUCCGCCGAAACACGCAUACACAUGCACUGCACAUGCACACGCGCACGUUCCACCGCAACCGCAACUUCGGACCCCCUUUCGGCAGGCGGCACCGGUGCUGCUCUCACAGGCGUCUUCCUACCCGUUGUCGCCACUGGCGGCGGUCGUGGCGGCAUCGGCCGAGGCGCUGCCGCCGGGGGGAUGCACGAUGGACGUGUGCACCUGAAAAGCGGGGGCGGGCCGUGCCUUUCGUGCCGUGCCUUUCGUGCCGUGCCGUGCCUGUUCCGCAAUGGUGGCACGGACCGGGCAACGAUCCGCAGCAACGGCGGGACAGAACAGAAACGAACCGAACCGAACCGAACAGAACAGAGACGAGCUGUCGGUGACAACGGGGUUGCCAACGCAGGGAGUCGGCAUGCAUCCAUGGUGCGUUCGUUUCGAACAAAGCGUCGCGGUAGUUUGUUUCACGGUACAACACAAAACUUUUUGUCAUGAUUACAGUAAUAGAGUUUAUUUGUUUGG